AGAGAGAGACAACAUGGACCUGAAACAGAUCUUCAUCAUCAUCAUCCUGGGAUUACUCCUUGCACCUGUGUGGACAUUUAAAAUGAACCGUUGCUAUGACGACGACGAGCUGAGUGAUGCAGCAGACAGGAAGCUGAGGAGUCACUUCCUGCAGCCUCCAGAACCUUCUGCUGUGGAGGAGGAAGAGGCAGAGCCUUCGUCUUCCUCGUGUCCUGUGAGUUUGUAUCAGCAGCGUCUGCAGGACAUGAGUGACAGGUCUGUGUCGCCAUGGAGAUACGUACUGCGACACAUGAAGGAUCAUUAUCCGUCGUCGUACGCCGAGGCUCGCUGUCUUUGCUCCGGCUGCAUCCUGAUCCGGGAUCGGAAUCCUCCGACGGAAAGUCUUGACUACAAUUCCGUUCCGAUCAAACAGAGCCGAAUAUUCCUGAAACGCGAACUCUGCAGCGACGGACAGAAGUAUCACCUGACGCCUGUGAACGUGGAGGUGGCCGUGGGCUGCACCUGUGUCCGAGUCAAGACCUCCACCUCCUCCUAGAGGGGAAACACUGUCACCUGCUGGCACGAGUCACACACUACAACUGAUUAUUCCUGUUAUAUAUCUAUAUAUAUAUCUAUAUAUAUGUUAGUCA